GCUGGCAGUCCUGGACCGGUGAUGCUCAGGUUUGGAGUUUCAAUCAUUUCCAGAUUCGUCUUUAUAUAAUACAUAUACACCGUUAAUUAUAGCUACAUCGAGUCCGUGUAAAUAUAUUAUUGUUAGUACAAAAAAGAGCUGUGGUUAAGAGUAAACACCUAUUGCUCCCAGUCCCGCAACGGCUCAGGCGCAGCGGCAGAGGAAAAAAGAGGUCUGGUUGACUGACAACACAAAGAACCCCCCACCUGUAACCGUCACCCUCUGCAGCAAGUGAAAGUACCUCCAAGUGCAUAACCGUUGCACUUGUGGUCUGAUCUACCUCCAGGGCAGACUUUAUCUUCAAAGAUGAAGUUAAAGGAGGACAUGAAUCCCCUGCUACUGCAGGUCUUCCGCUCUGUUGUCUGGGUCUACUCUGUCAUCACUUUCAUUCCCUGGUACUUCUUGUCUGGAGCUGGGAACAGUUUGGAGCAGGCUCGACGCAUCAAGGCACGCUCCAUUAGCAGGAACCCAGCAGGGCCUUACAGAGCUUUCAACAGCCAAGAGAAGCUGGUAGCAUUGCUGCAGCCUGGUGUGGACACCUUGGACAAAAUGUUUGAACAUGCCGCUCACAGGUUUCCACAGAGAGACUGCCUCGGCACCAGGGAGUUGCUCAGUGAGGAGGAUGAGCUCCAGCCAAAUGGGAAGGUCUUCAAAAAGGUAAUUCUGGGGAACUACAACUGGCUGUCAUAUGAAGAAACCUACCUGGCUGCAAAGUGUUUUGGCAGCGGCCUCGCAGCUCUCGGCCAGAAGCCUCAGUGCAACAUCGCCAUCUUCUGUGAGACCAGGGCAGAGUGGAAUGUUGCAGCACAGGCCUGCUUCAUGUACAAUUUCCCACUUGUGACGCUGUACUCCACUCUGGGACCCAAGGCUAUCGCCCAUGGCCUGAACGAGACCGAGGUGACCCACAUCAUCACAAGCAAAGAUCUGCUUCUUAGCCGACUUAAGGCUAUACUGUGCGAUGUGCCGAGGCUGCAAUAUGUCAUUGUAGUUGACAGUAAACCCACAAGCUGGCCAGACAUCCCGAGAGGCAUCAUGGUCUACAACAUGGACGCUGUGAGGGAGAUGGGAUCCAAGCCUGACAAUAUCGCAGUUGACCGCAGACAGCCACAGUCCUCGGAUAUUGCCGUCAUCAUGUAUACCAGUGGAUCAACAGGAAUUCCCAAGGGUGUGAUGAUCUCCCAUGGCAACAUAGUUGCUGGCGUCACUGGCAUGGCAGAGAGAAUCCCUGACCUCAAUGAGACGGACACCUACAUCGGUUACCUGCCACUGGCCCAUGUUUUAGAGCUCAGUGCUGAAAUGGUGUGCAUCUCUCACGGCUGUCGCAUCGGUUACUCCUCCCCUCAGACUCUGGCCGACCAGUCUACCAAGAUAAAGAAGGGCAGUAAAGGCGAUGCCAGUGUGCUAAAACCUACUCUCAUGGCUGCUGUACCAGAGAUCAUGGAUCGGAUCUACAAAAAUGUGAUGACCAAAGUCGAGGAAAUGAGCAAGUUCCAGAAAACACUCUUUGUUUUGGCUUACAACUACAAGAUGGAGCAGAUUUCCAAAGGCUACGGCACACCACUGUGUGACAGUCUGGUGUUUAAGCGUGUGCGUGCGCUGUUGGGAGGAAACACGCGGGUGCUGCUUUCUGGCGGAGCUCCUCUCUCGGCUGCCACGCAGCGCUUCAUGAACAUCUGUCUGUGCUGUCCUGUGGGACAGGGUUACGGCCUCACAGAGACCUGUGGAGCGGGCACCAUCAGUGAGGUGUGGGACUACAGCACAGGUCGAGUUGGUGCUCCACUCGUUUGUUCAGAGAUCACACUUAAAGACUGGAAGGAGGGUGGUUACCACAGCACUGACAAGCCCAACCCUCGGGGGGAAAUUUUGAUCGGUGGGCCCAACGUAGCGAUGGGUUACUACAAAAACGAAGCCAAAAACCGUGAGGACUUUUUUGUGGAUGAAAAGGGGCAGAGAUGGUUCUGCACUGGAGACAUUGGAGAGUUUGAGCCUGACGGAUGCCUCAAGAUCAUUGAUCGCAAGAAGGACCUGGUGAAAUUGCAGGCAGGCGAGUACGUCUCUCUAGGAAAAGUGGAGGCUGCUUUGAAGAACUGUGCUUUGAUUGACAACAUCUGUGCCUAUGCUAACAGUGACCAAUCCUAUGUGAUCAGCUUUGUGGUUCCUAACCAAAAGCAGCUGAUGGUGCUAGCGAAACAGAUGCAAGUGAAGGGCACAUGGGAGGAGCUCUGCAACAACGCUCAGAUGGAGAGAGAGGUUCUUCGCGUCAUUACUGAAGCUGCGAUCUCAGCACAACUGGAGCGAUUUGAGAUACCAAAGAAGAUCCGGCUGAGUUCUGAGCCCUGGACACCGGAGACUGGCUUGGUCACAGACGCAUUCAAACUGAAACGCAAGGAGCUCAAAACACACUACCAGGAAGACAUUGAGCGGAUGUACGGUGGAAAAUAACAGAGACUCACUCCAAACAACACAAACCAACGUAUAUAUACAUAUACGUAUGUAUAUAUAACGCAUAUAUAUAUAUAUAUACAUAUACAUAUAUAUAUAUUUGUGCACUACACAAGAAGCUCAGUCACUACUACCAGGACAACUUAACAACAGUUAACACACACGCAUCAAUACAGACACACAAAGCGUCUCAUAUUCACCUCCUCCUCCUCUGUGGCUUCUCUGUGACGAGCUUUGAUCAAAGGAGAGUAAACAACUAUUGAAUCCAA